AUGCCUAUCACCAAGUACAAGGCUGCUGCUGUUACCUCCGAGCCCUGCUGGUUCGACUUGGAGGGUGGAGUCCGCAAGACGAUCGACUUCAUCAACCAGGCCGGUAAAGCGGGAUGCAAGCUUGUCGCCUUCCCGGAAGUUUGGAUUCCUGGUUACCCCUACUGGAUGUGGAAGGUCACUUACCUUCAGAGCUUGCCCAUGUUGAAGAAGUACCGUGAGAACUCCAUCGCCGUUGACUCGGAGGAGAUGCGACGCAUCCGCCGCGCCGCCCGCGACAACCAGAUCUUCGUGUCGCUUGGCUUUUCCGAGAUUGACCACGCCACCCUUUACCUGGCGCAGGUGCUGAUCUCGCCGACCGGCGAUGUCAUCAACCACCGUCGCAAGAUCAAGCCCACUCACGUUGAGAAGCUGGUCUACGGCGAUGGCUCCGGCGACUCAUUCAUGUCGGUUACCGAGACAGAGAUCGGCCGCAUUGGCCAGCUCAACUGCUGGGAGAACAUGAACCCCUUCCUCAAGGCGCUGAACGUGGCCAUGGGCGAACAGGUCCACAUUGCCGCCUGGCCUGUUUACCCCGGAAAGGAGAGACAGGUCUCUCCCGAUCCUGCUACCAACUACGCCGACCCGGCUUCGGACCUGGUGACCCCCGAGUACGCCAUCGAGACCGGUACCUGGACUCUGGCACCAUUCCAGAGACUCUCCGUGGAAGGUCUCAAGAAGAACACACCCGAGGGAGUCGAGCCUGAGACUGACCCGUCCGUGUACAACGGCCAUGCCCGUAUCUUCCGCCCAGACGGCAGCCUGCACACGAAGCCCGAAAAGGACUUUGACGGACUCUUGUUCGUCGACAUCGACACCAACGACUCCCACCUCACAAAGGUCCUUGCCGAUUUCGGUGGCCACUACAUGCGCCCUGACCUCAUCCGUCUUCUGGUCGACACCAGACGCAAGGAGCUGGUGACCGAGGCUGAUCCCGCCGGCGGUAUUGCCACCUACAGCACGCGUACCCGCUUGGGUCUCGAUCGCCCCUUGGAUGGAGAGCCCAAGUCCAACAAGCUUCCCUAUGACAACACGAGCGGAAAGGCAGACGAGAAGACCAAGGGUCUUGCGGGUAUCUAA